CCGUAAAGCAAGGUCGAGUGUGGGAGAUGGCAGAGGACGGCGGAUAGCUGUGGUGAGAUAUAUACUAUAAACCAAGGCUAAGCGGGUUGGAGAUGCGAGCUACGGUCCGACUGCUUGCAGUGGCCUUCCCUAUGGGUGUGCUGCUGUCCAGAACCAUGGCGUGGAUGUCCAGCGGCAAGACACACGCAGAGCUCGUCAGCAGACUCAGGGAUCAUGGGGUGAUUAAAUCUGAUCGAGUGUUUGAUGCCAUGGUGGCUACUGACAGAGGCAUUUACUCGAGGGACAGCCCCUACCAGGACUCCCCACAGUCCAUAGGCUACCAGGCCACCAUCAGUGCUCCACACAUGCAUGCCCAUGCCCUGGAGGUGCUGAGGGACAAGCUGACAGAGGGGGCCUCAGCGCUGGAUGUGGGCUCAGGGAGUGGCUAUCUCACUGCCUGCUUUGCCAGGAUGGUGGGCCCCACUGGGAGAGUGGUGGGUAUUGAGCACAUAGAGGAGCUGGUGGAGGACUCCAUCCGAAACGUCCGCGCUGACGAUCCUGACCUGCUCACAUCAGGACGGAUCAAACUAGUUGUUGGUGACGGGCGGCUGGGUUUCCCAGAAGGAGCCCCAUACGAUGCCAUCCAUGUCGGAGCAGCAGCUCCUACCCUCCCCAAAGCUCUCCUGGCCCAGCUGAAGCCAGGUGGUAGGCUGGUUCUCCCUGUCGGCCCAGAAGGGAGCACUCAGGUUCUGGAGCAGUACGACCGGCAGAGUGAUGGCACCUUCUCCAGGAAGGCCCUCAUGGGUGUCGUCUACGUCCCCCUCACCGACAGGCAGCGCCAGUGGCCCAGAGGUGAGCUCUGACUGCAGUGUCAUUGCCCCUGCAGGAGGUGGCGCUGCUGCUGCAGCUCCUGAAUCCACAAAGCAUGGAGAAAGCACCUCCUCAGCGUAUGCAGCUCUGCCCUGCAGCUCACUUCAGGAGAACGCCAUUUGCACUGCAGAAAUGAACAGAUUAAUCGUGGGGAGUGAUUGGGUUGAAUUAUUUUACCAUUCAAGUAUUUUCUCAUUUUUAUUUAUUGAGUUGGUGCCACAGUCCUACAAUGUGUUGUAUUGAAGACACUGACAUCUGAUGCUUUGUUUAAUUAAGGGAAAAAAUAAUAAUCUGUGAAUUUUUCAGUUUAUUUUGAAAAUGGGACAAUGGAAGAAAUGAUACUGAUACUGCAGGUAUCUAUUUUUGAAAACAAGAUCAAAAUGUUUUCUACAUUAUUAGCUAAUCCACAGU